UUCUCUAGAAAGCAAAGCAAAGAAAACUUCCUCAGAAUUAAGUUCCAAGAAAAUGCUCAACAAACAAUAUUAGAAACAGAGAGAAAAAAAAUGGGGAGAGCUCCUUGUUGUGAUAAAGCUAAUGUGAAGAGAGGGCCAUGGUCACCUGAAGAAGAUGCUAAGCUUAAGGAAUUCAUAGAAAAAUAUGGAACUGGUGGUAAUUGGAUUGCUCUUCCUCAAAAAGCUGGAUUAAGGAGAUGUGGAAAGAGCUGUAGAUUGAGAUGGCUGAAUUAUCUAAGGCCUAAUAUCAAACAUGGUGAUUUUUCUGAUGAGGAAGAUAGAGUUAUAUGCAGCUUGUAUGCCAGCAUUGGAAGCAGGUGGUCAAUUAUAGCAGCUCAAUUACCAGGAAGGACUGACAAUGAUAUCAAAAACUAUUGGAACACAAAGCUGAAGAAGAAGCUCAUGUGUCUAAAAUCACCUUUCUUUCCUACUACAAAUUUUCAAACACCACCAACCCAACCCCAAACAAUUUUCAGUUACACCACAACUAGGUCUCUCACUGGUGGCCUUGAGCACAUUUCAUCAGCCCAACCAAAUCUUAACAUGAACUUUAACUUUCAGUUGGGGACAAAUCAAUAUUCCUAUUUUCAGCCAUGUCAAGAUCAGAGCUUAAUGAAUCCCAUGCAAGCAACUUGUUCCUCAUCUGAUGGAAGUUGCAACCAAAUGAGCUAUGGAAAAGAUAUUAAGCAAGAGGAAAUGGGCAAUUUUUUACAGGGUCAAAUUCCAACAACUUUUGAAGAAACCCAAAAAGUUACUCUUGAUUAUGGUAACAAUAGUGGACGUGGUAAUGAUCACCAGCUUGGCACUUGGGCUGAUCAAAAGUCAAAUGGAUAUCAAAGUAGUCAAUUCCAGUAUGAUAUUGAAGAAGUUAAGGAGCUGAUUAGUAGCUCUAGCAGUGGCAAUGGAUGUAAUAACAGUAGUUUUUUCUUCUACAAUGAUGAAAACAAGACAAAUGAGAGAGGGAUGUACUAUUAAUUUAUGUAGUCGUGAUGGAAUUGAAUUAAUGAAAAGCUUCUAUUUUGCUUCCA